AUUUGUAUGCCUUAGUAAUCAGUCAGAAUAUUUUUCAUGUGUUCAAUAAUUUGAACUUUUUCAAUGUUCAGAUGCCGCCCCGUAAGGAACCCGAUCACCCAGUUCUUCCUCAGGCCACGGUGGUCGCACAGUUUCGCGACUAUCACCCUGAGAAAUUUUCCGGGCAGGGAGACCCUCGUAUCGUGGACGAGUGGAUUCAGGGCCCUGAAUUUAUUUUUGAGGUCAUGGAUUGUCCAGACAGAUAUCGCAUAAUCUGCGCUCAGCUUCAGCUAACCG